UGUGAACUAGGCUAUUUGUUUAAUUCAACACAUUUCAUAGCCGUUACAAAACAAAGCCCAGUCGUCUGUAGGCUAGGUGAGUGAGGAACAACAGAAGCAAUAAGAUCAGGCCCGGAUUCCUUUCACCCGAGGGGUUUCUUGGCCACGCCUCUACACACGCACACACAAGCGUUUCAUUCAACAUCAGUAAAAUUUACAUAAUUUAUUUGCCUUCUACACUGGACUGCGAUAAUGGGCCAUGGGCUAUAACUCGAAAGUAUGUCUAUAUUCUUGGAUUGGAACAUUAACAAUGCGCAUGUUUUCAAUUAAUUAUCUUUUACAAGGACAACUUCUGAAUUCUGGAAAAAUAAAUGGAACAAUAUGAAGAAUAACCAUAGCAACCAUGGAACAUAUAAACAAACGCGGAAAAUGAUCGACCUAAAGAUGGCUACUAUGUGUAAGCCCAGGGUAGGUGGUGGGGUGGUGCUGGUUCGGCGGUUGGUGAAGGCUCCGCCGGACAGCGACAUGUUCCAGGCGGCCACCUCGGGGGACCGUGACUGGCUGCGACUCAGCCUGAAGCGGGCGCUAUCCCCAACGCAGCUCGACAAACAGGGUCUGACAGUGCUCCACGUGGCCGGCCUACAUGGGCAGUUGGAGUGUAUGAAGCUGCUGUUGGCAUCCCAAGUGGUGGACAUAAACGCCAGCUGCCCCCUGGGCCGCAGACCCAUCCACAUGGUCCUCACUGCCAAGAGCAGACCCCACUCCCAUGCCUGCCUCACCUACCUACUGGAGCAUGGAGCCCUGCCAAACGUAGCCACUGACACAGGGUUGACGCCCCUCCACCUGGCUGCCACCGAGGGCCUGUGGGAGUGUACCAAGACUCUAGUGCAGGUGGGGGCAGACACUGGUGCACAAGACAACAGAGGACACACACCUCUGGAACUGGCACGCAUCUGGUGUCACAGAAGGAUCGCCAGGUUUCUGAAGGACUCUAUGUGGCAGAACGAGAAGAAAAGAGAGAUGGAGAGGCGCAAGGCGCUGCAGAACCUUCAGCAGGACCUGUUCAACAUGCACAGGAGGGCCGAGAACAUAGAGAAGCUGGGGAGACAGAACUUGAUGGAAGAGAAGGUCACGGAGUGGGCCGAUAAGAAAGGCCUUCCCCUCCUCUGGGCCCAGCCUAGGGCCACGUGGAACCAGGCUCACGCCCACUGCCUCUCCCCAGACCAGAGGCCACAAAGCCAGAGGACCAAGGCCUGCCACAGGCAGUGUCCAGGGGCCCCACCUCGGGAGGCCUGGAACAUCUCCCCCAACCCCUCCAAACCCCCACCGGCCUCUGUCUCCCGGCCCCAGGGGGUGCGUCUGAGUAGCCAGCCCGAGAGGUCCCCUCCAGAGCCCGACCUGAGGCGCAGCGUAACUCUCUGCAGGGCCCGUGGGGAUGGACGUCCCCAGUACACUGCCAAGUGGGAUGGGUCCCCCCAGUCGGUCCCCAACCUGCCCUGGGAUGUCCUUCAGAGGGGGCUGUUCUCUGCUGCCUUCCCAUCAAGGAUCGCCUCGCCCAACCACUUCCAGCCCAACCAUGUGCUGGACCUGCCGCGCCUUGGCUGCUCCCCAGGACCCAACACCUCUCCCUGGACAGAGGUGGCCAUGCACCUGGUCGAGGAGCUGGAGCCUGGCCACUACUGACUGGAUGGAGAGGUAGAAGUUACCCCUAACCAAUGAUCCAGAGUCAGAUUUCUUUCAUCCCUCGUAAUUGUUAAGGUUAGAAUGGCAGGUAGGGUAAUCUGAUCCUAGAUCUGUGGUUGGGGGCAAUUUCUACCUUAAGGAGUGGUGGAGAUCCACUUUCUCCCAGUCUUACUCUACUAUAAUGGAGAGACACUGUACUUGACUCUACUAUGACACAAAGCAUCACAGGCGAUUGGACAGUGGUGUUCUGCAAAACAUAACAGAUUUAGCAUAUCAGGAGUAUUAUUAUUAUUGUAUAUUCUGUAUAUUCUCAUCCAAUAAAAAUUGCCAGAGAUUAUGAAAGGCGUAUAAUUGUUU